UGUUCGCACAACAAUCGCGGAAAAAUGUUUCGCUUUACUUUUAUCAUUUGGCUGUAUUGUAUUUUACAUUUCCAGAUCAGAUUUUGCCACACUCAGGAUAAUUCAGAAUGCGGUUGCAUUUGCAAUUCUGGUGUGAAAGUCGGUGUCGUUGAAGACAAUGGCAUUGAAGAUCGAAGUAGUGAAGUUAGCAACGACACUAAAAAUUCGGAAGCCGAAAAGCAGCCCACAAAAACUUCGGAAAAGGAAAAUCCUUCAACUACGGAACAGGGCCCAGUAAAAAGACCGUUAAGUUGUAUGGAAGCAACAGCUGCAAUCUCUAAGAGUGGUGUUUAUAAAAUUCAGAUACCGCAGCUUAAACUCCCCAGUGUGGAUGUGUAUUGUGAGGAUGACACUGAUGGCGGCGGAUGGUUGGUUUUUCAACGGCGUGUAACUUUUGAAGAAGAUUUUUUUAGAGAUUGGGAGAGCUACAAAAAUGGAUUUGGCAACGUUAGCACAAACUUUUGGUUCGGUUUGGAUAAAUUGCACGUGCUUACUAGUAGCUGCGCACAUGAGCUGUAUAUUAAAUUAAAAAAAAGGACUGACCCACAAUACGUAUUCUAUGCUAGAUAUGCAAAGUUUCUUAUUGGUUCCGAGUCAGAAGGCUAUUCUUUGAAGGAAUUGAGUGGUUAUAGCGGCACUGCUGGUGAGUCCUUAAUUAAAGGACAUCUGGGAAUGAAAUUUUCAACGAUUGAUCGUGAUAAUGAUCUGAAUGACAAAAAUUGUGCAUAUAUUUAUAGAGGUGGUUGGUGGCAUAGGAAUUGCCUCGAUAGUAACCUGAAUGGACUUUUCCUUGAAAUCCUUCACGGUGGUAUAUACUGGAGGAGCCUAAUAGACGAACCUUUAGCAUUUUCGGAAAUGAUGAUACGACCAAAACAAACUUGCUGGAGACAAUUAAUGCAGAAAAUUUUUAAUUGAGUUUUUUAUAAUAAUAUAGUACUUUAAGUACUUGAAUUACUAACGAGCAUAUUUUUAUCGUAUU